AGUAAGAAUAUAGUAAAAUUUAAGCACAAAAUGAGAUUUGCCCAUCGAGAGCCUCAAAACCCAAAAGUCUCUUCUAGCUUCACGAGAUCCAAUCUCUUGCUUUUUAGUUAUUAAUUACAUCUUCUUGCUUCUCUUCUCUCUUCGCCCUCUCUCUCACACCUACCUAUCUAAGCAACACAACGAACACCAUUGAUCUCAUCUAUUUUAUUCCUUAUAUUUCCUCCGUUCAUCCUUAAGCAUUCCAUCUAUAAGUUUUUUUUUCUGUUCAACGCCAAAUAGCAGCUAAGCGAAAGCAGAGAAGAUCUCCUUCCACUUUCCCUCCAGAGAAACACAAUUCAUUCAUAUUAAAAGAGGAGUUCUUUAAUUUAUUCGCAGGAAGAAAAAUGGCAUCUUCAUCAACGAACUCACCAUGCGCAGCCUGCAAAUUCCUCCGUCGAAAAUGCCAACCGGAGUGCGUAUUCGCUCCAUAUUUCCCACCUGACCAACCACAAAAAUUCGCAAACGUUCACAAAGUCUUUGGAGCAAGCAACGUCACAAAGCUCCUCAACGAGCUCCACCCUUCGCAACGUGAAGACGCAGUGAACUCUUUAGCUUAUGAAGCCGACAUGCGUCUCCGUGAUCCGGUCUACGGCUGCGUGGGAGUCAUCUCUCUCCUCCAACAUCAGCUUCGCCAGCUUCAAAUCGAUCUCAGCUGUGCCAAAUCUGAGCUUUCCAAGUACCAAAGCCUCGGUAUACUCGCCGCCACGCAUCAGAGCCUUGGAAUCAACUUACUCGCAGGCGCCAACGCAGAUGGAUCGACGACGGCCACAGUGAGAGACCAUCAUUAUCAUCACCACCAGUUUUUCCCUAGAGAACAGAUGUUUGGUGGGUUAGAUGUUCCUGCCGGUAACAACUACGACGGAGGGAUUCUUGCGAUUGGACAGAUCAGUCAGUUUCAGCAGCCGAGAGCAGCCGCUGGAGAUGAUGGUCGCCGUACUGUUGAUCCGUCUUGAGAUUUUAGGGUUUUGGGCGGUUCAUCGUCGUUGAUCCGGGCUUGAUGAUUACUGAUGAAUUAUGGUUUCAGAUAAUAUAUUAAUGCGGAAGGAAAAUCAAAAUAAUAUUUUUAAUCGAACGGUGCAGUCCGUCUCUCUUGAUGACAUUUAUUUCAGUUAUUAUUAUUAUUACUUAUUAUUAUUAUUACUUUCACUAAGAUAUAUGAUAAUAGCAUGUGUCACGUUUGUAUUUCUUUUAAUUAUAUGGCAACGGUUUUUGUUUCUUCU